GGAGGCAGGGGAGGAAAGCGGGCUGGAAGCACUUGCUGACGUUUUCCUGCCCGGAAGAAUGCAUGGCCCGGGGUCCUUUGCACCUGAGGGUGGGCGGGAGGCGGCCCCGCGGGUUGCGUUGCUGGAAGAAGGGGUCUCGAUCCAGACCCCAAGAGAGGGUUCUUGGGUCUACCGCAGGGAAGAAUUGGAGGCGAGUCACAAAGCGCAGUAAAGGAAGCAAGUUUAUUGGAAUCUACUCCGUUACAGAGUCGCAAGUCCUCAGACUGUAGGAGGAGGAACUCCCGUCCUUCCGUGGUGUCACUACUUAGAGGCAACUGUGAGGAGCUGUGAUUAAACGUGGAAUGUGCUGAUGUGCCCACUAAAGGACAGCAAGAAUCGCUUGACAAUUGGUUUGUGAGCAUAAUGGCAUCUAUAAACAGAACCAUUGAAAUAAUUAAAAAACAUGGAGUAAGCAAACAACAUCUCCUGGAGGAGAUAAACAAAAAGCGUGAAUCCAACUGCUUGGUGGAACGAAGCAAUCAAGUCAGCUUACUGAGAGUUCAAAAGAGGCACUUCCCGGGUGCCUGUCAGUCCUUUACUCAUACCACAACCAAAGAGCCUGUUCCCGACAGUGGCAGGAGCUCCUGGGUCAAGCUGAGUCUCCUUGCUCACAUGGAGAGAAAGCACUUUCCACCAAAAAAUAAUGCCAUAUUUGGAUAAAGUGCAUCUCCAGAGACAAAGACACACAGAAAUACCUUCUCUUUGAUUCUUCUUCAGUGUGCCUAAAUUAUUUACAAAUUAUUAAUUAUAAACAAAACUAAACAAAA